AUGAUAUCACAGUUAUACGGUGAAACGACUAAUAUGACUGCAUUAACCGAACUUGUUAUACCAAUGGUGUGGGCGUAUGUUGACGAUGUUACAACAUGGUUUGAUGAUAUAUUUUGGGCUAGACUGUCCUAUUUUCGCGAAAUAUGGGUAUCAAGCUCCUACAAAGGAUCAUCUGGUGAACUAGCACUUCUAUCCUAUGUUGGACAUUAUUAUCGAAAUCAAGAAUCGUGGUUGAGAGCUAUGCAUCACGCAAACAAACAACAUUUUAUCAAUUUUAAAGGAGUAGCGAUUACGGGAUGGUCAAGAUACGAUCACUUUUUAUCAUUAUGUGAACUAAUGCCGUCUGCAAUUCCCUCACUAGCAUACGCGUUAUAUACAGCUCGAUAUGGUCAGAUCACGUCGGUGAGCAAUAAUACUAUUGGACGUCAAAUACUCGGUUGUAGUCAGAUACCGAUAUGGGAAAAAACACAAUAUCCAACAUAUAUUACUUGUACAUUUCCAGGUCACGAAUUAUAUGAGGUCAUGUUUCAAUAUGAGGGAUUAGCAAAACAAUAUGAUGAGGUCAUGUCAUUUACUAAACUGUAUGUAAAUGAUUUGCAUCUUCGUUAUAAUUUUAUUCAUUAUAAACGUGCUCAAGAGUGUCAAAAUAAACUUGCCUAUCUUGAUGAACAAAUGGAGCGUUUUAUCGAUACGUUUCAACAAGUAUGCACGCUCUAUUUCACCCCCGAUGUGGCCAUUGAAUGGUUACAAACAUAUUUUAUGAGAUCAAUGAAUGAAGUUAGAAAUAGAUUACAGUUUAUUGAAAGAGCAUUAAAAACACAAACAUAUUGGCAACCAAGACCUAUUCCAAAUAUCACAAAAUUAGUGCAUGUAAAAAAGUAUAGUAAAGCCAAUAAUAAUCUAGAAAGGAUAAAUCAAUGA